AUGUCAUCUUCAGAUAUAUUCGAUGUGUUGAAUAUCCGUCCGAAGUCUUCAUCUCCCAGUUUACAGGCUAGUCAAGGAAAUGUUGCACCUACCAAGACCUCAAGGCCUCAAGUCACUGGUAUGCAGAGAGAAUUGUUUAACUUGUUAGGGGAUAGCACUCCUCCUGUUGUUAUUCAGCCAAGUAAUAAGUUUAAGGGGAAUUUGAAUUCUCAGUUGAAGCCUUCUCCAUGGACAUAUGCAGAAUUUUAUGCGACACCUUACGUAAAAUUGCAUCACUGGGUAAAGGGGUCUAAGGAGUUAGUGGGUGAUCAGCCUCAAAAGAAUACUUUCAGUAAGUAUAAUCAGAAAUUGACCAUUCCAGAGUUCAGUAAGGAAGAUUAUGAGGAGUUUAUGAGUGGAUCUCAUGAUAAGGCUAGUUCAAAGGAGUCCGGCGAUGAUACCAUCCAGGUAUGGGAGUAUGAUGAAGUAAAAUACCUCUUUGAUCUUUGUAAAAAGUAUGAUUUAAGGUGGUAUAUUAUUUAUGACAAUUAUUCGUAUGAUGAAAAGAGAACGUUGGAGGACUUAAAGGAAGCAUUUUACAAGGUUUGCAAGGCCUAUUUUCUCCUAAAAGAUCGUGACAAUCCACUGCUGCCGACUCUAAAUUAUCCUAAGGAACAAGAAAUAGAAAGAAAAAAGUAUCUUACUAGACUAUUAUCUAGGUCUGCAGCUGAGAUUGCAGAAGAAGAAGCGCUUAUAAUGGAAUCUAGGAAAUUUGAAAUGGCAGCCAAGAAAACUUUACAAGAGAGAGAAGCCUUGUUGCGGUUGCUCGACCAUCCACAAUCAGACAAUGGCGUCAACCAUUUUUUGAGCUCACAAGGUAUAAACCAGUUGUAUAAUAAUUUGCUUAAUGAUAAGCAAAGAAAGCGAAAGCCUGAUCUAACACCACCUGAAAAUCCAUGGAUGAAACAACAACAACAAUUUGCCCAACAAAAGCAGCAAUUACAGAUGCAGCACCAACAAAACUGCCAGUCCCGAGAUCAGAAGCGUGCAGACGUAAAACAGGAGGUUCAGUCAGUCUCGUCAACGCAACCUUCACCUUCUCCUAACAAGAGACCAAGUGAUCCAACGCAUCCUCCAAGAAUGAACAAAAAACAGAAGCUAGAAAUGCAAACUGCUAUGAGAAGAAAGCAAGAUAGUGAAUAUGCAAAACAUCUUCUUAAGAAUUUCACAGCAGAAGAGAGAAGGAACCUUGGUGUUACUUUGCAUGGGGAAAAACUAGCCCCUGGAGUAUACUUACGGUCUUCGAAAAUCUCAACUUUUAAACCAGCUACCCAAAAUAAACUGGUUUCUGUCCUACAAGAACUAGGACUCCCUAUAAGGCCAACUAUGCCAUCUUCCUUAGUGAUUCAACAACAUGAAGAGCUACUAAAACGUAUUGUAACAUUAUUAGAUUUGAAAAGGCAGCUGGACAAGAUGGAGGCAGAAAAGGCUAUUGCUAAGUAA